UCUCUCCGGCGCAGGAAAUGCCGGGGCCGCUCGGAGGCGGGUGCUCCGCCAACCUGCGCGCCCCCCGGGGUCCGUUUGGCCGCGGGUGGGAGGCGGAGGUGGUCGGCUAGAAUCUAGCGGAGAAAAUAAGAAGUGGGGCCCUUGGAAGGAGAGCUGCGGACAGUACGCCGGGUGCCCGCCGCUUUCUCUGCCUUCCGUCCUGGGAAGGGGCUGGGCUGGGUCCAGGAACCCACCCCCCAGUUUCCUGUCCCGCGUUCGUCCUUGCGGGGUAGUGGGACCCUGGGCCCUGGAAAUGGUAGCUGAGCACGUAAGGAUGGGGUUGGGGUGGGUGCUGAAGUGCGUAAAGGAGACCUCGGUAAAUACGCUAGUCCAGUAAGCCCGAAUAAAGCAGAGUUGUUUUGCUUAGUAGCAAAUAAGGGUUCUUUCUCCCAGGGCGGCUCUUCCUCAGAAGAAAAACCCUUCUUGUUGAGGGUGUUUCUAGAUUGAAUGGAGACAGGACACAAGCCAAACCCUUCGUAUUUCAUUUUCAGGGAGUGCUCCCCCAGUUACAAGAGGCGCAGGACUGUGGAGGAUUUCAACAAAUUCUGCACCUUUGUCUUGGCCUAUGCUGGCUACAUUCCUUACCCAAAGGAGGAACUCCCUCUGAGGAGCAGCCCCAGCCCUGCCAACAGCACCGCUGGCACCAUUGACAGCGACGGCUGGGACGCUGGCUUCACUGACAUUGCGUCCGCGGUGCCCCUGCCGGUCUCCGACCGCUGCUUUGGCCACCUGCAGCCCAGCCUCCUGCAGCGGGCCAAGCCCAGUAACUUCCUGCUGGACAGAAAGAAGACAGACAAGCUGAAGAAGAAGAAGAAGAGGAAGCGAAGGGACAGCGAUGUGCCCGUGAAGGAGGGGUACAUGGGGAGCCUCUUGAAGCUGGAAGCCGCUGACCCCUACGUGGAGACCCCCACGAGUCCUGCCCUGCAGGAUAUCCCCCAGGCCCCCGGCGAGCCCUGCUCGGGCUGGGACUCCGACACCCCUUCCAGCGGGUCUUGUAUCACUGUGUCGCCUGAUCAGGUCAAAGAAAUAAAAACUGAAGGCAAACGGACUAUUGUCCGACAGGGAAAGCAGGUGGUAUUCCGGGACGAGGACAGCACUGGCAAUGACGAGGACAUCAUGGUGGACUCAGAUGACGACUCCUGGGACCUCGUCACCUGCUUCUGCAUGAAGCCGUUUGCCGGCCGCCCUAUGAUAGAGUGCAACGAGUGCCACACCUGGAUCCACCUGUCCUGCGCGAAGAUUCGGAAAUCCAAUGUUCCGGAAGUGUUCGUCUGCCAAAAGUGCCGGGACUCCAAGUUUGACAUCCGCCGCUCCAACCGCUCCCGGAUGGGCUCGCGGAAACUGUUUCUGGACUGACUGUUGGUGAGCGAGCAGAGCAUGGGCGAGGAAUCAGAAAGGACGAGGGGCCUUUUGGCCCCUCUCUUAGUUGAGCACAGAACUCUCAGCUCUGGUGCGGGCAGACCCCUGCCGUUCAGGUGCCUAAGCCAAAGGACAGGCUGUCCAAGGUAUGACCUGUACAUAGCCAGUGACUGAAUAAAAUCCUUGUUGGCCAAAGCUGCUGCUAGAGCUGUGUUCUCUGCAGUGGAGGCGGACUCACCACCCGAGUCCAGUGGGUUCGGCUCGCCUGCGAGCGAGGGCCGUGGUAGUUGUGGAUUCUUGCUAUCAUUGUUAACAAGCUCCCGCCGGUUGGAACCAGUGCUGUUUUCCUGCUUCCGCUGUCUUGGGAGAGGAGAUGUUCAGUUUCCCAGGCCUGUUAACGAACAGCCAUACGUGUAAGCUUUUUCUCAAGUGUAAGUCUUUGACCGUAAGUGUCUGUACAGCAACCAUCGAGCUGCCCCUACCUUUGUGGCCUGCCCUCUCCCUGCCUUGGCUGCUACCUGUCCGUCCCCGCAGGCUCCCAGCUGGAGUCGUCUGGUCUCACUGUGAGAGGAGCCCUGGGGCGGUGGCUAGCUAGUGAUCCCUAGGUUUCCUUCUGUUUGUUCAAAGGGACAGUAUGUGCCCGUUUCUUGGCGGAAAAGGGGUUGGUUGGGGGGUUGAGGUGGCCCGUGUUCAUAACUCAGUUUCCUGUUUUGCACGAUGUAAAAAACCUGUCUUUUUGCACGAUAUAGCCAAAAGUAUUGGCAGAUUUCUGCCGGGGUGCCCUUCCCAGUUGGUGUGUGAGGUCCUAGGGGUGCCCAGGCGAGCUGUUUUCAAGCGAGAGGGCACCUGGAGUCUGUCCUCUCUUUCCCUCACUUUGUUCCAGUAGCAACGUAAAGGUUAGGCCGUCACGGCAACAGCGUUCCUCUGCUUCAUGA